CGUUCUUCACUUCACUCCAACGAGAACUUACUACUUGGAUUGAUCUCUUCAUAUUUUCUUUAACUUCUUUUAAUUUACACUUAGGGUUUUCAAAGUUAGAGAGGGAGAGUGUGUGUGUGUUGAGAGAGAUGAUGCAUACUCCGUACAAUACUUCAACACAGGGGCAAUAUUGUCAUUAUUGCGCAAUGUUCCACCACCAUAGCCAAAGCUGCUGCUACAACAACAACAACUCAAACGCCGGCGUUUACGAGCAGAACGGCGAAGAUUAUUACUCUUCCUCCGUCGUUGACUGCACUCUAUCUCUUGGCACUCCUUCCACACGUCUCUGCGAGGAGGAUGAGAAUCGCAGACGCACUACUUCCUAUGGUCCUUCCUCUUGCAUUUCCAACUUCUGGGACUUGAUUCACACCAAAAACAACAACUCCAAUACGAAGCCGUCUUUUGACUUCCCUUCUUUCUCCACUGGUAAUCCCAUCAAGCCAACACGCGGUUGCCCCAGCGGUAACGGCGGUGGCGACUCUCUCCUCGCCCGACGCUGUGCCAAUUGUGACACCACUUCGACUCCACUCUGGAGAAAUGGUCCUAGAGGCCCUAAGUCCCUAUGCAACGCAUGCGGCAUUCGUUUCAAGAAGGAAGAGAGAAGAACCACGGCGGCUUCAGGGAAUGCCGUCGUCGGAGCCUCACCUGUAGCAGGCGAUCCGUACGGACAUCAUAACGCCAGCUACAACAUUACCACUAGUCACAACAACAGUGGUACUUCGUGGGCUCAGCACACGACGCAGAGGGCUCCGUGCAACUAUCCGGCAAACGAGAUCAGGUUCAUGGAUGAUUACAGCAGCCCUGGAGCUAAUAAUAACGGUGACUCUGACGGUAGCCACGGCGGCGUUCCGUUUCUUUCGUGGAGGCUAAAUGUAGCAGAUAGGGCAAGUCUUGUCAAUGACUUUACGAGAUGAAAAAGAAAGAGAAAUUGACGUUAGAUUCUUAAAAUAUCCUUGUAGUUUAAUUAUUUAUUAUGUCUCGUUUUCUUAAAAAACGAAGAAAAUGUU